AUCCUCAGGUGUGUGUGUCCCUCAUGCGCUUCUCUUCAGUCUCUGUGCCAUUGUGCGUCUCACUGAAAACAAGCCAGGAAGUGUAAAGGGACAGUGAUAUCAUUCAUUUGAGUUCAUCUGUCUUUUAUUCGACUGUCUUCAUAGAUAGACUUCAUUUUUGCCAUGGAUGCUGAAUUGGGCUCCAGUGAAAAGGAUUAUGUCCCGGUGCCCACGGAUGGCAAAGCUGCGGACGAGCUCCGGAUCGAUGUGAAGGAGCCGAGAGCCACAUGGGGCCGGCGCCUGGAGUUCAUCCUGGCCACGGUCGGGUACGCGGUGGGACUCGGAAAUGUCUGGAGGUUUCCUUAUUUGUGCUACAGCAGUGGAGGAGGUGCCUUCAUGAUUCCUUAUAUAACAAUGGUAUUCCUGUGUGGCAUUCCUCUGCUCUUUAUGGAAUUCACAAUCGGACAAUACACCCGCUUAGGACCUGUGCAUGCGUUUGCCAAAAUAUGUCCUCUAUUAAAAGGUGUUGGUCUGGCCACUGUUGUUAUCUCCUUUGUAUUUUCUACCUACUACAAUGUGCUUAUGAGUUGGGCAAUAUAUUACCUAUUCAAUUCAUUUGGAUCGACUUUACCAUGGCAGUCAUGCAAUGAAACUUGGAAUGUAAUCCAAAAUUGCUCCAGUGGUUUCACUGGCAAUGCAACCUACCUGCAAUCUGCAAGUCAGCAGUUUUUUGAUAAUAAACUUCUUGAAAAAACAGAGACCAUAGAAGAUUCUGGUGGUCUUCGAUGGGAGCUAUUUGGCUGUCUAUUUGCUGCCUGGGCCAUUGUAUAUUUGUGCAUUUUCAAAGGAGUUAAAUCCUCUGGGAAGGUUGUGUAUUUCACCGCUGUUUUUCCAUACUUCAUCCUGUUCGCCUUGCUCAUCAAUAAUGUGCAGCUUCCAGGAGCAGUGAAUGGCAUUAUUUUCUUUGUGACCCCAGUGUGGAAUAAACUCUUCCAAAUUAAGGUUUGGGUAAAUGCUGCUGCCCAAGUGUUUAACUCUAUUGGAAUUGCAUUCGGCUCAAUGGUUUCAAUGUCCAGUUACAACAAGUUUAACAACAACAUUCUCAGGGAUGCUUUGAUUGUGUCAGUGACAAACUCCUUUACAAGUAUCCUGGCAGGUUUUGUGAUCUUUUCUGCUAUUGGUUACAUGGCACACAUCCACAACCUCCCAGUGGACAACAUUGCCACAGACGGUCCUGGAUUAGUUUUUGUGGUAUAUCCUGAAGUCAUCUCCACCAUGCCAGUGUUUCAGCUCUGGGCCCCGCUCUUCUUCUUUAUGCUUCUGUGUCUGGGUCUUGACAGCCAGUUUGCCACCAUUGAAGUUGCCAUAACCUUCUUGAAGGAUGAAUUUGGCACCAAAAUCCUCCAGUUUGUGAAGCGAGAAGAGCUGUUGGCUUUAGCUGUGUGUCUGCUCUGCUUUUUGAUGGGGCUUCCUCAUAUUACCAAGGGAGGUAUCUACGUAUUUCAGCUAAUGGACCAUUACACUGCUGUGGUUUCGCUCAUGUUUCUGGCAUUUUUUGAAGUUGUGGCUGUCUGCUGGAUUUUUGGAGCCCCGCGUCUCUCUGUUAUGGUCAAGAGAAUGUUGGGGAGGACUCCAAACAUUUACUUCCGCCUAUGUUGGCUUGUUCUUUGUCCAGUUUUGGUCCUGUGUAUUUUGGUGUCCAGUAUUGUCCAAUACACUCCAGUGCGUUAUGGAAAAUACAAAUAUCCACACUGGGCUGACAGUGUGGGCUGGGCAGUCUCUCUGGUAUCUAUCAUCUGGAUACCUCUGGGGGCUAUUCAUGAGAUUUACAUCAACAAGGGAUCCCUGUAUGAUCGGUUCAAAGCAGCUAUAAAACCUACAGUUGAUCUGGAUGUAGACAACUCUCCAGGUAAACAAAAUCAACAGAUGGCUAUGCUAACAGAACCUCGACAAAGCUUCUGCCACUGA